AUGUGGUUUGUGGGAAAAAAACCUUUUAGGUACUUUAGUAUGUGGAAAGAUGCUGUGAAUUUUGAUGCAAAAAUUGCUAAAAGCUGGCAGGAAGGAGUUGUAGGGACUGAUAUGUUCAAACUGACAGUGAAGUUAAAGCGGCUGAAACAGGUGCUUAAGAGUAUCAAUAAGGAAGGUUUCAAUGACCUUCAAAAGAAAGAAAUGCUAGCUAAAGAAGUCUUACUGGAAUUGCAGGGCAAAGUCAAUACCGAUCCACUUAACAGUAAACUUCUGCUCGAGGAACAAGCAACCAGGGAGCAGUAUACUAAAAUUUACAAGGCCUAUUCUCUUUUUUUAGCUCAAAAAGCUAAAACCUCUUGGGCUAAAAAUGGAGAUGAAAACACAGCUAUAUUUCAUGCUUCUUUGAGGCAGCUGUUAGGCUCUACAAUGUCUCAAAGAUCUCAGGUGAAUCAAAGCAUUAUUGAUCUUGGCCCAAAGAUCUCGGACAUGCACUUAAAUCUUCUCCAAGCAGAUUUCACAGCUCAAGAAGUAAAAGAGGCAAUAUUUUCUAUUCCAGGUAUGAAGUCUCCAGGUCCUGAUGGCUUUGGUAGCAGCUUCUAUCAAGACAAUUGGAAUCUGGUAGGUGCUGAAGUUGAAGCUGCAGUACUUUCUUUCUUGAAUUCAGGGAAACUUCUCAAAGAAAUCAAUGCUACUACUAUCACAAUUAUUCCAAAGAGUAGUUGUCCUCGAAGUCUGCAUCAAAAAUGA